UUGAGGAGUCUUUCAUUUUUGUCGUCGUACAAAACUCUUCUUUUUCUGUCUUACCUCGCAAGCUUGGAAAGCAGAGCAUCGCCUUCCUCCAUCUUCCUCAACCUCGAAGUUCAGAUUCCUUCGCCUCACAUUUAUCUGAUUUCUCGUCCUUCUCGUUGCCUUAAAAGAGAAGAAACCUGAAACUCAUCACAGGAAGCUCCAUGGUUUACUUCAAGGUCUCAUCAUUGCUUGUAUAAGGAAUCAAAUGCACAUCUUUUCAGAAAGAUGUUAGCUUGGCAUGGCCUGUUCUACCCUAUUAUCGGCCUCGCCUCCUGUACUGUUUUCAUCUACAUUUCCUUUGGGGAUCUCGCGUUCAAGCUCAUGGAAACGAAGAUGAGCUUUGUUGGGAGAGAAGGAGUUCAUUUCAUGGUGGACGGAAACCCAUUCUAUGUGAAUGGAUGGAACUCUUACUGGUUGAUGAUACAGUCCGUGGAGGAGGCUAGCCGGCCGAGGAUGAACGCCAUGUUCAAGACGGCUUCAGGUUUAGGGCUUACAGUUUGCAGGACAUGGGCUUUCAAUGAUGGUGCUUACAAUGCUCUUCAGAUUUCCCCCGGCCAAUUUGAUGAGCAAGUUUUUAAGGCAUUGGAUCGAGUCGUUAUGGAAGCAGGGAGACACAGGAUCAGACUUCUUCUAAGCUUGGCUAAUGACUGGAAGGAUUUUGGUGGGAAGGUACAGUAUGUGAAGUGGGCAUGGGAGGCCGGAGUUACCUCAAGCUCCUCGAAUGAUUCGUUCUUCUUCGAUCCAUCCAUUCGUGGCUAUUUCAAAAACUACAUCAAGGCUAUUUUGACUAGGAGAAACCAUUUAAGCGGACUUGAAUAUAGGGAUGAUCCUGCUAUCUUUGGAUGGGAACUGAUGAAUGAACCACGUUGUCCUUCUGAUCUAUCUGGAGACACUAUUCAAAACUGGAUCGAAGAAAUGGCGAAUUAUAUUAAAUCCAUUGACAACAAGCACUUAGUAACAGUGGGAUUUGAAGGUUUCUACGGCCCCACAACCCCCCUAAAACUGAAGCUGAACCCAGCAGAUCAUUUCAGCAAACUAGGCUUGGAUUUCAUCCGCAACUCUCAAAUCCCAGCUGUUGACUUCACCUCAGUACACAUCUAUCCUGAUCUAUGGUUGCCUGAAGGGACGGAUCAAGCAGGGAAGAGAAGGUUUGUCUCUGAAUGGGUGAGCUCUCACAUUAAGGAUGGAGAGAAAGAGCUGAGAAAACCUGUUCUGUUUACAGAAUUUGGAUUAUCAAAUAAGAAUCAGAAUUUCAGUAACUCUGAACGUGAUGAAUUUUACAGUGAAGUGUUCGAUCUUAUUUACAUGUCUGCGAAGAAUGAGGGAGCGGGAAGUGGAUCUUUUAUAUGGCAGCUUAUUGAAGGUGGAAUGGAGGAGUUUCGAGAUGAAUUUGGAAUCGUCGCCGGCGAGAGGCCGACGAUGCUUAGGCUGUUAAAGGAGCAGUCUUGCCGGCUGGGGAAGAUUUCUCGUGGGAGGGAAUGGGUUUGGUGGAGAGUUGAAGAGAGAUGCUGAUAAAAGAUUUGAUUUUUAUGAUAGAACAGGAGAUUUAAAGGUUUGAUUUUUUUUU